CCUAUUAUCGGGUCAGGAAUAAAUAUAUAAUAGAGUCGCUGGGCAGGGAAUAGAGUUGUUAUUUCGUGGAGGAAACUAGGUUUGUUGGGGGGUUUCGCUGGCGAAAUUUGGAUCUCGGUGGACCGGUGGGUUAAAGUUGGUGGAUCGAUUAAGACAGCGGGCGAAAUUUUGCGUUAGUGUGGCUAGAAAUGGAGAAAUUGUGCGAUAGGACUUUUGAAAAUCAGGUGGUGACCUUGGCGAUGGUACGGUCUUCCGCACCUGCCGCCGCUCGGUUGUCCCUGGUGGACUGGAACAGCUACAACUACCAUGAGCCCCAGGGACCCGGGACCUAUGCCUUCGGCUACGACAUCGACGACGCCUCCAGCAACAACGUCCAGUUCAGGAACGAGGAGCGGCACCCCAAUGGGACCGUCACCGGGAGCUAUGGGUACGUGGCGCCCGAUGGGAACGUGAGGGUGGUGAACUACAUCGCCGACCAGAAUGGAUACAGAGCGACGGAAGAAAACCCGGUGCGUCUGUCCAUGCUGAAGCCCAUCCGCUACCCCGACACCCCGUUCUUCAUACCAAGCGCUGACUACUCCCCAUACACCCAGUACCCAUCGUACCAAGGCUACCCGCCCUAUCGACGCUACUUCCCCCACAAAUAGUCGCCCAUCUAACCCAUAAAUUAUUGUUGCCCAAAUAAAGACCUAAUACAUUUUCGAUGAACUAAUGCGGUCCUAAUCGCCCUCCCUGGCUCACUCCUCCGCGUUCCGGCGAUCGAUAACUGUUGCGCUUUAAUUGCC